GCAAGGGGAGAUACGAUUUUUUAGUGGAGUAGAACGAGAAAAGAGAAAGAAAAAAAAUCAUUAAAAGAAAAUCAAGAAUCCAUUAGCCAAAGCUUGAAGCUUGAAGCUUAUUCACUGCUAUUCACCAAAAAUCACUGCAGGGAACUUAUUCUUGAAGCUUUUAUCAGCAGUCAAGAAUGGCGGGUGAAGGCGCUGGCUCUCAUAAAAGAGACCCCAUCAAAUCCUCAGUUGGGAAUGUUGCAGCACAAAGAAGACGAGAGAAUGCGGUUACAGUUGGGAAAGAGAGAAGAGAAGCACUGAUGAGGACAAAGCGCCUUUGCAGAGUGGGAGUUAUUGGUGAUGAUUGUGAUGUUUCUCUUGAAUCUGAUAUGAUGAUUGAUGAAGAACAAUCUAUUCUGGAGGCUCAGACUUCAUCUUCUGUUGAACAAUUAAAGCUCGCUGUUUCUCAUCAGGGAAAAGGUGCCGUGCAGAAAAGAGUGAAUGCUCUUCGUGAGCUAAGGCGUCUGCUGUCAAGGUCAGCGUAUCCUCCUGUUGAAGCUGCCCUAGAGGCUGGAGCUAUUCCUGUCCUUGUGGAAUGUCUUUCAUUUGGAUCUCCAGAUGAACAGUUGCUUGAAGCAGCUUGGUGCCUUACAAAUAUAGCAGCAGGAAGAGCUGAAGAAACAAAGGCUUUGUUGCCUGCAUUACCAUGGCUUAUUGCUCACCUAGGAGAAAAGAGUUCAUGGACUGUUGCUGAGCAAUGUGCAUGGGCAUUGGGGAAUGUUGCUGGGGAAGGGGAGGAAUUUAGAAACACUCUUAUCUCACAAGGAGCUUUACUACCUUUGGCAAGAAUGAUGUUUCCAAACAAAGGAUCAACUGUGACAACUGCUGCUUGGGCUUUGUCAAACCUAAUCAAGGGACCGGACCCUAAAGCGGCAACUGAGUUGAUAAGAAUCGACGGGGUGCUUGAUGCAAUUCUUCGUCAUUUGAAGAAAGCAGAUGUUGAGUUGGCCACGGAAGUAGCAUGGGUUGUUGUGUAUCUCUCAGCCCUCUCAGACUCUGCCGCUGCCACACUGGCUAGGAGUGAUCUCUUUCAAAUCUUAAUAGAAAGAUUGAAUGGCACGAAUAGCCUCCAGCUGCUUAUCCCGGUACUACGGACUUUAGGAAAUCUUGUGGCUGGUGACACCGUUGUGACUAAUGUUUUUCUUGUGGCUGGAAGUGAAAUCACAGAUGCAUUUAUCCAAGCACAAGUAAAAUGUUUGAAAAGCGAACAUCGUAUCUUGAGGAAGGAAGCUGCGUGGGUACUAUCAAAUCUAGCAGCAGGUUCGCAGGAGCACAAGAAACUAAUACAUUCGAGCGACGCGCUGCCAGUAUUGCUGCACCUCCUCUCAACAGCCACAUUCGACAUAAAAAAGGAGGUAGCCUAUGUUCUCGGCAACCUCUGUGUGGGCCCCACAAACGAAGGUUCCGGAACUCCAAAGUUGAUCCUGGAACACCUGGUCAGCCUUGUGGGACGAGGGUGUCUCUCUGGAUUUCUUGAUCUAGUAAGAUCAGUAGACAUUGAAGCUGCCAGACUGGGACUGCAGUUUCUUGAACUGGUUCUGAGGGGAACGCCGGAAGGGGUGGGCCCAAAGAUUGUGGAGAAGGAAGAUGGGAUCGACGCGCUGGAGAGAUUCCAGUUUCACGAAAACGAAGAGUUGAGGGGCAUGGCUAAUGAGUUGCUGGACAAGUACUAUGGGGAUGAAUAUGGACUUGAAGAAUACCCGCCCCGAUUGAUGAACUUCUUCACGAAAGAGAUGGCAGCUCAGCUCCUCCGCGCGUCUCCGCCGCCAUCGAAAUGCGUCAUACCAUGGCAAAUCCUCGCCUCGCUCCAGCAAUCGUCCUUCUUCUACUCAUUAUCCUUCUCCAAGUGGAGGAACCCCCGGAGAGUCACGAAACCUAAACAGCCGUCGUCGGUUGUGCCCGAGCCCUCGAAAUCUGAGAACGAAUCGAAGUCCCCCGACCGGCCAGGCGAGAUUCCGUUCUACUCAAAUGUGGCAAAUUCUGUGGACCUGAUCGGUUUCGUCGAAUCCCCCGUUCAGUUUGAGGUUUUGCCCUACGACAGGUAUGUGGCUAAGACCGUUGUUGUUUCUUCUGGCCGGGAAACAGUUGAUCUGGAAGGUGAUUCUGCUGGCCCUCUGGUUUCGCUUCCUCGGGUGUCCAUUCCUGUUGUUUUUCAAGAUGAUCUCGCAGUUAUGGUGAAAUGCCACAUAAGGGAGGAUGACUGUCUUUGCUUGUCUGGGCAGUUGAGUGGAGCCUACCUGUCUUUCGUCGCACCUGGUAAUCAUAUGAAUGUCUGUCUUCUGGUCCAGUCUGUGAACUUUGUGGGGAACUUGAAGAGGAGGAAGAAGAAGCCUGUUGGCAAUAAAGAAGGGGACUUGUCUCAAUUGGAAAAUGAAAACAAUGCCAUUGAGCAGCAGAAUGAGGAGCGAAAAGGCCCAAAUAAAGGGUUUAGAAAGAAGACAAUGAAAGUGGAAGAGUGGAAGGAAUGGAGGGAGCUAAUCAACAAUGCAAAAGAAUGGAAGGACUAUCGCAGAAAGAAAUCCGAGGGAAGUGUGAAAAAUGGGCACCCAGAUUUCAAGCAUACCCAGAGCGGCACUUCUCUUUGGGUUUGCAGUGCACCUAAAUGGAUCCUACCCGGACUUGAAGGGCUGGAGUUCAACAAUGGUCCUUCUGGGAAGGCAAAAGCUAAUCAGAAACAAGAGGAGAAUGGAGGAGAUGAGCAUUGGAAGAGUUUGGUUCAGAAUCCUGGGAAAUGGUGGGACAACAGAUCACAUAAGAAGUAUGAAAGAUCGGAAAAUUUCAGACACAAAGAUUCAGGGAAAAGACUGUGGCUUGAUCGUGCGCCAGAGUGGGCAUUGUCCAAAUUGCCCCCGCCUCCAAAAGGUGGUAAAACUGCUUCUUGAUGCGUCUUUUUUUUGUUUUGCAUCUGUGAAUUCCAUUCAUAUAUAUGUGGUUGGAUCCAGCAAUGAUGAUUUUCCAAAUGUACAAGUCUAGUGAAUCUAACAAAGAUUGACAAAAUUG